AUGAAAUUAGAUUGGGAUCUUUCGUGGAAUAGCAAAAAGAUUCCCGAUUUUACCCUAUGUUUUGAGGACACAAUAUUGGUAUGGAUUCCAUGUCUUGUAUUCUUCAUACUAUCCUUUUGUGAGAGUUUGAGGACAUUCUUCAAGAAAGACAGGGAGAAGACAGCUCUUCCGUGGGCUGUCAAAGACUUAAUCAAAAUUAUUUUAGCCCUAAUCUUAUUUGUAAAAAGAUGUCCCAAAAAAUAUGUGUCAUUUCUAUCGCAAAUCACAUUCAAUUGGUUUAAUGAACUCAUUUUCAAGGGAUACCGAAAACCAUUGACAUCUGAAGACAUGUGGUAUUUAGACAAUCACAACACCACUGAUUAUAUUUACACAAAAUUUAGCAAAAUUUGGUUACAAUUAACGAAAAAGCAAAUAAAGAGUAAAAUAUUAAAAGAAAAUCAAAAGCAAUUUUACAUGAAUAUUAUAAACCCACUUUUGAAAUGUUUUUGGAUGCAAUUAUUAACUGUCAGUGCAUUUAAACUGAUCUCUAGUUGUUUGGCAUUCAUUAGCCCUAUAGUACUCGAUAGACUCAUUACAUUCAUGAGUCCCUCUAAUGCUGAGCCCCAGUGGAGGGGUUUAUUCUACGCCUCCCUUAUGUUUAUUGCCCCUCUGUUUGAGUCCUUAUUUAACAGUCAAUACGAAUAUCGGGUUAAUGUAAUGGCAAUGAGAAUCAGAGCAACACUCAUGUCAUGUAUCUAUAAAAAGAGUUUAAAGUUAUCAAGUUUUGGUCGAAAGGAUUUCACUCUGGGUGAAAUAUAUAUAAUAGACUUCAUUUUAAAUGCAACCAUCAUAUUGUCGUCACCCUUUCAGAUCACAAUAGCUAUGAUCCUAUUGUGGCAACAAUUAGGUGUCGCAACUCUCGCCGGUCUCGCAUUUCUGGUCAUUUUAAUGCCAUUCAACGGAUAUAUGGCUAAUAAAGUAAGAAAAUACCAAAUGAUGCAGAUGCAAAUUAAGGAUCAUAGGGUGAACAUAUUAAGUGAAAUACUGAACGGUAUUAGAGUAUUGAAAUUGUAUGCCUGGGAACAGGCAUUCAGUGAUCAAGUGCUGAAAGCCCGGGACCAGGAGGUGAAUGCACUGAAUAAAAUGGCCGUAUAUGAGAGCGCCAUAACAUUUAUGUUUUUAUCAUCUCACAUGUUUAUGUGUUUAAUCAGUUUUAUGGCAUUUGUAUUAAUCUCUCCAAAUAAUAUUCUGGACGCAAACAAAGCGUUUGUUUCCCUGACUUUGUUUAAUUUAAUGAGAUUAGCACUCGGACGUAGUUCUGAAUUAUUAUCAAAAGGUGGACAGUGUUUGGUAUCCCUUAACAGAAUCAAUAAAUUCAUUAACGCUAAGGAAAUUAAUGAAAACACCGUUUUUAAAGAUAAACACGAAACUCCUUUAAUAUCAAUAAAAAACGCGACAUUUUCUUGGAAUAAAGAUAUUCCUCCGGUUCUGAAGAAUAUAUCGCUGGAAGUGUUUGAACCGAAAUUAGUGGCUGUCGUGGGUUUAGUGGGCGCCGGGAAGUCAUCACUUUUAUCGGCACUUUUGGGUGAAUUGGAAAUUCUUGAGGGAAAGGCUUGUGUUAAGGGAAGUGUCGCUUAUGUACCACAAGAGGCAUGGAUUCAGAAUAAGACACUCAAAGAGAAUAUU